GUCGGGCAGAGUCGGGAUGGUGACGGUGCUUCUGAGCGUGGUGCGGACAGAGAGGCUGCUGGGACUGUGGAAAGGAGUUUCACCGUGCUUCGUUCGGACCAUCCCGGGUGUGGGGAUCUACUUCAGCACCUUCUACUCUCUGAAGCAGCACUUCCUCCAGAACGGCAGCCUAGGGCCCAUGGAGGCCAUGCUGCUGGGAGGCGGGGCCCGGGCGGUGGCGGGGGUCUUCAUGCUGCCGGUCACUGUCAUCAAGACACGCUUUGAGUGCGGCAGGUACGGGUACAGGAGUGUGGUCGGGGCUCUGCGCAGCGUGUGUCAGACGGAGGGUCCUGCCUCUCUGUUCUCUGGCCUCAUGGCGACUCUCCUCAGAGACGUUCCCUUCUCUGGUAUCUACGUCAUGUUCUACAGCCAGGCCAAGGCCUCGCUGCCGACAGAAAUCAGCACGUCUCCGUCGGCCCCCCUCGCGAACUUCGGCUGUGGGAUCCUGGCGGGCGUGUUGGCCUCUCUGAUCACUCAACCCGCCGACGUGGUCAAAACACAGGUGCAAGUGAACCCACAGCUGAGGACGGCAGAGGCUGUCAGAUGCAUCUACAUGGAACAUGGCGUCCGGGGCUUCUUCAGGGGAGCAGUUCCUCGGUCGCUAAGGAGGACCAUGAUGGCCGCCAUGGCGUGGACAGUGUACGAGAAGAUGAUGGCCAACGUCGGACUGAAGUCCUGAAGGGGAACGUUGAUGAGUGAAAAGAAAAUGGAGAUUCAAGUCAAGUCACUGUAUGAAGAGGGUGAAUGUGUGAAGAGGAAGGAACUGCUGCUGUCGCUCACAGGAAAAUAUUUUAUGGAGAUGCUGACUCUUGAGCACAGACUCGUCUGAAUGAGUGACGUGCACGUCUGGAGAGAUUUCACUAUCAAGUGUGUCACUGGGUUGAGGCUGAAGUUCAAGAAUCCAACUUCUUCCCUGUACAGAAACUAAUACUGACACUAAAAAUGUUCCGAACCACACAACAAGUUUUUAAUCUCAGGGAGCGUUUGGACUCUGUCUUUAAGUUUUGGAAACACAGUGGGACAUUCCUCUAUCUGUUU